AUGGCUUGUAACAAGUUCUUCAUCCUAGCUCUCUUGAUCGCUUUGUCGAUGGCAAGCAUUGAAGUAAGCGAAGGAGGUCGCCGCCUUCUCCAAACAAAACCGCCACCACAGAUGACACUUCCGCCGUUACCCUCCAUGCCAAACAUGCCUAGUAUUCCAAAUAUCCCAUCUAUCAACCCUCAACAACCAUCAUCCUUGCCACCACUACCAAAUAUGCCUACAACAAUGCCCUCUAUUCCGAAGGUGGCCCUACCUCCAAUGCCAAACAUGGCCUCUAUACCCCUACCUACAUCAAUGCCUUCCAUUCCGAAGAUGUCUCUCCCUCCAAUGCCAAACAUGCCCUCUAUUCCUCUACCUACAUCCAUGCCUUCCAUUCCUUUCCUCUCAUCUCCUCCUCCUUCCAAUAAUUGA